GCCUCAGGAGACUGCCUGGCGGAGGGAGGGACAGUCCUGCCUCUGCUCCUCCUGGGUGGUGUGGGGGUGUUUUGUGUGUUUCGGCGAGGAAGUGAACAGGAAGAGCAACCUUCCUAAGCUCACUCAGAGAUCGAGCGGCAAAGCUACCAGCCAUUGACUCGUCCAUGCCUGAGGUGACUCCGAUUCCCUGGGUAGCCACUUCCGUAAGGAGGAAUUCUUUCCAAGGUCCAUGUGGUACAGAGAUGAGAAAGUCACAAUCCCCAUCUGCAAGAAGUUCACAGUCUACUGGGGAGUAGACGUGCCCCCAAAUCAUUCCUGUAUACCGAGCUACUAGAAACAGAAUUUUCUGAAAGUAACAAGAAGAGGAAGCCUGAGUCUGUGCCGAAGCGUUCAGGGAGCAGAGAUGUAUUGAGAGGUGAUGAGGGAAGGCACAGAGAAUGUGAGGCCAGGCAGUGUGCAGACCCGGGUUCUCCACAUCGGCAGGACUCGUGGAGCACGUCGUCAAGCAAGAGGCCAUGCCAACCCGAGUUAUAAGAGUUCUCCUUGAAGUCGUUCAUCGGCUCCCCCGGCCACUCCGGCUCCACGUCCAUGAGCCCAUCGGCAGCCUUGUCCACAGGGAAGCCGAUGGACAGCCACCCCAGCUACACGGACACCCCAGUGAGUGCCCCACGGACUCUGAGUGCAGUGGGGCCCCCCCUCAAUGCCCUGGGUUCUCCAUAUCGAGUCAUCACGUCGGCCAUGGGCCCUCCCUCAGGUGCACUGCCUGCACCUCCAGGAAUCAAUCUGGUCGCCCCGCCCAGCUCCCAGCUAAAUGUGGUCAACAGCGUCAGCAUUUCAGAGGACAUCAAACCCUUACCAGGGCUUCCUGGGAUUGGAAACAUGAACUACCCAUCAACCAGCCCCGGAUCUCUGGUGAAACACAUCUGUGCCAUCUGUGGGGAUAGAUCCUCAGGGAAGCACUACGGCGUGUACAGUUGCGAAGGCUGCAAAGGGUUCUUCAAGAGAACCAUAAGGAAAGACCUCAUGUACACGUGUCGCGAUAAUAAAGACUGUCUCAUUGACAAGCGCCAGAGGAACCGGUGUCAGUACUGCCGCUACCAGAAGUGCCUGGUGAUGGGCAUGAAGAGGGAAGCUGUGCAAGAAGAAAGGCAGAGGAGUCGGGAGCGUGCUGAGAGUGAGGCAGAAUGUGCCAGUGGUGGCCAUGAAGACAUGCCUGUGGAGAGGAUUCUAGAAGCUGAACUUGCUGUUGAACCAAAGACAGAAUCCUACGGCGAUAUGAACAUGGAGAACUCGACGAAUGACCCUGUCACCAACAUAUGCCACGCUGCUGAUAAGCAGCUUUUCACCCUCGUUGAAUGGGCCAAGCGCAUCCCCCACUUCUCCGACCUCACCUUGGAGGACCAGGUCAUUCUGCUGCGGGCAGGGUGGAACGAGCUGCUGAUUGCCUCCUUCUCCCACCGCUCCGUCUCAGUGCAGGACGGCAUCCUCCUGGCCACCGGUUUGCACGUGCACCGGAGCAGCGCCCACAGCGCCGGAGUCGGCUCCAUCUUUGACAGGGUCCUGACUGAGCUGGUCUCCAAAAUGAAAGACAUGCAGAUGGACAAGUCGGAGUUGGGGUGCCUGCGAGCCAUCGUGCUGUUUAACCCAGAUGCCAAGGGGCUGUCCAACCCCUCGGAGGUAGAGACUCUGCGGGAGAAGGUGUAUGCCACCCUCGAGGCCUACACAAAGCAGAAGUAUCCGGAACAACCUGGCAGGUUUGCCAAGCUGCUGCUCCGCCUCCCAGCCCUGCGCUCCAUCGGCCUGAAGUGCCUGGAGCACCUGUUCUUCUUCAAGCUCAUCGGGGACACGCCCAUCGACACCUUCCUCAUGGAGAUGUUGGAGACCCCGCUGCAGAUCACCUGACCCCGGCCGCAGCCUCCCCACCCAGGACGACCCCUGGGCAGGUGUGUGUGGACCCCCACCCUGCACACGUUCCUCCGCUUCCCACCCUGACCCCUUCCUGUUCCCAAAAUGUGAUGCUUACAAUAAAGAAACCUUUCUACGUC